UGGGAUGACAUGGAGAAGAUCUGGCAUCACAGUUUCUACAAUGAACUGCGUGUGGCUCCAGAGGAACACCCAACCCUUCUCACAGAGGCUCCACUGAAUCCCAAAGCAAACAGAGAAAAAAUGACCCAGAUUAUGUUUGAAACUUUCAACGUACCAGCAAUGUAUGUGGCUAUCCAGGCGGUGCUAUCCCUUUAUGCUUCAGGCCGUACAACUGGUAUCGUACUUGACUCUGGUGAUGGUGUCACCCACAAUGUACCAAUCUAUGAAGGUUAUGCCCUCCCUCAUGCCAUCAUGCGUCUUGAUCUGGCUGGCCGUGACCUAACAGACUACCUCAUGAAGAUCUUGACUGAGCGCGGCUAUUCCUUUGUAACUACUGCGGAAAGAGAAAUUGUCCGUGACAUUAAAGAGAAGCUCUGCUACGUGGCUCUGGACUUUGAAAAUGAAAUGGCUACUGCUGCCUCUUCUUCCUCCCUUGAAAAGAGCUAUGAACUUCCGGACGGUCAGGUCAUCACCAUUGGCAAUGAGCGAUUCCGCUGCCCUGAGACCCUCUUCCAGCCAUCUUUUAUUGGAAUGGAAUCUGCUGGCAUCCAUGAAACCACCUACAACAGCAUCAUGAAAUGUGACAUUGAUAUCAGGAAGGAUCUCUAUGCCAACAAUGUAUUGUCAGGAGGUACCACCAUGUACCCUGGCAUCGCUGACAGAAUGCAAAAAGAAAUCACUGCUUUGGCCCCCAGCACCAUGAAAAUCAAGAUCAUCGCUCCCCCCGAACGCAAAUACUCAGUCUGGAUUGGUGGGUCCAUCCUGGCUUCCUUAUCUACCUUCCAGCAGAUGUGGAUCAGCAAACCAGAAUAUGAUGAAGCCGGCCCCUCCAUUGUGCACCGCAAAUGCUUUUAA